GCCGGGGCCGGGGGGGGUUCCCAUUCAUCCAUUCAGUGUUUCGGGGGUCGCGGCCGCUCGGGGGUCUCAUGGGGCGCUCCCCGUGGGUUUGGGGGCGCCGCCGGGCCCCCCCCGCCCCCCCCUCGGGGGGGCGGGGGGCUCCCCCCCCUCUGCCGGCGCUGGGGGCGACGCUGGGGCGGUUACUGGGAGCACUGGAAGCACUGGUGGCGCCGAGCGACCGCGACCGAGCGCAGCGCCUGGUGCGGGAUUUCGGGGCGCCGGGGGGGGCCGGACCCCGACUGCAGGAGCGGCUGCGGCGACAGCCCCCCGCCCCCCCCCGCCUGCCGGAGUGGCCGUGGGACUCCAGUGAGCGGCUGCCGCUCCCAGUACACACCAGUGUGGGACUGGUGCUGCCUCGGCAGGACUGGGAGGACUGGAGGGGGCAACUGGGGUUCGCUGCUCGGUUCGUUGCGGGCGUUCUCGAUUUCCGUCAGGAGCUGCAAAGGCGGGACCCCCCCGAGCCGUGGCUGCAGGCGGCGUUCGGGGGGUGCCGCGUGCCGGGUCCCCACCGCGAUGAGGUGCUGCGACUGCCCCCCAGCGCGCAGCCCCCCCCCCGCAUCACCGUCAGCCGCAACGGGCAGUUCUUCCAGGUGGAGGCGAGUGAGGCCUCGGGGUCCCCCCGGCAGCUUUUGGGGUCACUGAUGGAGCUGCGGUCGCGGUCGGGGCGUGGGGGGACCCCCCCCGUGGGGCUCCUGACGGGGCAGCACCGCCGAGCCUGGGGCCGCGCCUACGGCGUCCUCAUGCGGGACCGCCUGAACCGCUCCUCGCUGGGCCGCAUCCAGCGCAGCCUCCUGGCGCUCAGCCUGGACUCGGCCGUCAUGGCCGCCGGGCGGAGCCCUGGGGGCGGAGCCGCGCAGAUCCUCCAUGGCGGCGGCGCCGGCGCCAACAGCGGAAACCGCUGGUUCGACAAAACCCUGCAGGUGGUGGUGGGGGAGGAUGGGACGUGCGGCGUCGUUUACGAUCCGGCGGUGAUGGACGGCGCCGUCGUGGCCGCCAUGGUGGACCACGCCCUCGACUUCUGCCGCCGCCCCGGCCCCGCCCUGCGGCCGCCAUCUUCCUUCCCCUCCCCCGAGCGGCUCCGCUUCAGCCUCAGCCCCGAAAUCGGCCCCGAAAUCGAGAGGGCGAAGCGGCACCUCGACAGUUUGGCCGCGGACACUUCGGUGCUGUGUUUCUCCCACGAGGGUUUUGGGGCGACGCCGCGGGCGCGGGAGCUCCUGCAGGUGGCGCUGCAGGCGGCCUUCCACAGCGCUCACGGCCGCCUGUGUGCUUCGUGUGAGCCGACGGCGCUGGGCCGAGCGCUGCCGGGAGGCGCCGAUCUCCUGCGGCCGCCGGAGGGGCUCUGCGCCGCCCUCGCCACCGCCCUGCGCCACGCCCCGCCCCCCGGGGGGGCACUUCCGGAGGAGCUGCAGAUGUCGCUGCUGCGAGAGGCGGUCGAGGAGCAGGCGCGGCGCCGACGGGAGGUGGAGGCGGGUCUGGGGGCGGAGCGCCACCUGUGGGCGCUGCGGGAGGCGGCGUUGGGGGCGGGGGAACCUCUGCCCGACCUCUUCCUCGACCCCUCCUACGCCAUCGCCUCACACUUCCGCCUCUGCACCCUCCAGGUGCGCUCCCGCUCGGGCUCUUGGCUGCUGCGGGGGCCGUUGGUGCCGGACGGUUACGGAGUUGGGGUGACCCACGUGACCCCCCCAGAGGGCCCCCCCGAAGGUGAGGACCCCCCCCCGGGUGUUGGGGGGCUUCGCAUCGCCAUCACCUCCUUCAACUGCUGCCACGAAACGCACGCGGAGCGUUUUGGGGGGGCCCUCAAGGGGGUCCUCGAUCUCCUGGGGGGGCUCCUGCGGCGCCACGGGCCCCUCUGAGACCCCCCCCCAAAAAAGAACCCCCCCAAAAAAGACCCCCCCGGUUCUCCUCCUCCAAAGCUCCUUCUCACAA